GAGACAUAAUUUACAGGGGACUUGACUAACCCAGAGCUAUACGAUUGCCUAAGGGGUGUGGACAUGGCCAAUCGUGGGGAUCUGGGAGAAGCGCGGCCGAUUCCAGAGACGUGUUCAGGUUUGAUCGGUCGCAGAAUCCGGACCAAUCCUGGUUUUAGCUCCUGAGCAGGGCGACCAAUCCCAUUGCCAGAGCCUGAACUGAGCGUGCCGCUGGAGAAUACUGGGCCCGAGGGGCGGAGUUUCGAGAACCCGGAAUCAGUCAGAGUGGUUGGGCUUGAGGAGGGCACCACCCAGUUGACUGUGGCCAAUGGCGUCAAGGUUCUGAACAGACCUCUGGGGGCGUGGCCCUUCCGGGCAGCUGGGGCCUGAACCACCGCGGGGGUCAUGUCCGCCCCGCCGCCCCUGCAGAUCCGCGAGGCGAAUGCACACCUGGUGGCGGUGCACCGACGCGUCGCGGAGCUGGAGGCGCGGCUGGACGCGGCGGAGCGCACGGUGCGCGCCCAGGCCGAGCGCCUGACCCACCACGACCAGGAGCUGCGCGCUGCCCUGGACGAGCUGGGCUGCACCAAGGAUCGUGAGAUUGCGGCUCUCCAGGAGCAGCUGCUGACCUCCGAGGCCACUGUCCACAGCCUGCAGGCUGCCGUGCACCAGAGGGACAAGCUCAUCAAGCAGCUGCAGCCCCGGGCCGAGCUGCUGCAGGACAUGUGCCGCUGGCGGCCACCCCUGGCUGGGCUGCUGGCAUCCCUGGCUGGGGCCGAGCGCCUGGGUCCCCUGCCAGCCAGUGACCCUGGCCACCCACUCUCUGGCGAGUCCAGUUUACUCCUUGCCAAUAGCACUGGGAAGGAGGGGGACAGGGACCACCUCCAGCCAGCAGUGUUUGGGACCACUGUGUGAGCCCCAGAGGAGACUGACUGCAGAAUGGAGACAGAGGAUGCCCAUGGACACUUUCCACUGCUGUGGGUGUCCUGGGGGGAGGGAGGGGUGUGUCAUCACUGCCAGAGGGAACCUCCUGCAGAGCCAUAAUCCUUUCUAAGCAUCAGACCUGCUAAAAAGUCAUAGGUUUCCAAGGGGUAGCUUGCAGACCAAAUGAAAAAUGUUUAGCCCAGCCAUUUUUUAAAAAACUUUAAACCAAUUAUCCUUGUUGAAAAAAUGGCCAUGUUUACACACAAAAAUCUGGAUAUCUGGCUUCAGACUUGGCCAUGCCUGCUGGCUCUGAACCCAGAAUACUCUCUUUAGCCAGAUUGUAAAUUAUUAAUUAGUGCCCUCGUCUCUCUGGGCCCUGAGGCAUCUGAAUUUGAGACCUCUCUUUCUUUGGUAGAGGCAGAUGACAAAGUUCCACAUUAUUAGACUUUUUCUUACCGCCCACCUCCCACCCCAAGCCCUGAUUUUUGUUCUUCCUUCCUGAGAAGCAUUCUCCAUCCCAGGCUAAAGCUUUUUCUUACUCCAUCCCAGACCAGAGUUAAGAGCUUCAAGCUCCAUGCCAUUUGCAUUAGUUAUUUUGAAGACACAUUUUUAGUCCUAGAUGUUCUUUACCUAACUGUCCUAUACCCUCAACCUUUAACCCAGAGGGCAGUGUGUGGGGUGUGUGAGUGCUGGCAGCCAGGCCUUGCUGCCAGGGAAAACUCAGGCAUCCCUUCACCUUUUCUUGCUGCCUCAGGGCUUUUACAUUGGCUGCACCCUCUGCCUGGAAUGUUUGCCUGGGUGUCACAUGACUGAUUCCUUGCCACUCAGGUCUUUGCUUUGAUGGCACCUCCUCAGAAAGCUUUCCCCUUGACUACCUGAGUUACUCCCCACCCCUGGUCACUACCAUUGCAUUUAUUUUUCUUUACAGAACUUACCAUCAGGAUGUAAGCUCCAGGAGGGCAGGGUUUUUCUGUCACCAGAGCCUGGAGCACUCCAGGCCCCAGCAGGAACAGGAUGGGUCUGUGGGGCCUGAAGGGCCCUGAAGGGCCCCCAGCACUUCUGAUCAGCCCCUGCCCCACCCCUACUAGUCCAGCUUUUGUAGUAGGCAGCUGGCUCCUUUUUUACAGUCCCCAGAGAAUCUAUUUUUUUAACUCCUUUUUCCUACACUGCCCUCUCUUGGCCUGAGACAUUCAGGCAGUUUUGCUUUUUAUCAAGCCAGGGGACCCCCAUGCCUUUCUUAGCCCACUUAAGUGCCUAGCCUGAGCUGUUUCCCCACCUCCUUACUCACUCAGGAAAUUGUCACACCAGGAACUGCGGUGGGGCAGGGCCUAUUUCAUCCUGGAAAGGCUGGCAUCCAUCAACAUCCUCAGGAUGGAGCCGGCUGUGGGCCUGGCAUCUGACACUGACCCCUCCGUGUGUAACAAUAGCCCUAUUUUUCUCUUCUGGAUAAAUAAGAAAGCGGGGCUGUUUGUCUGAGGGAAGGCAGGCUGGGGCCUGUCUGCUCAAGAAUAAAUGGGGUGAUCUGUCCUCCUUGGUCCUUCUUCCUUUCUUCCACGUGGGGGUGCUGGAGAGGUGGCCCCUGCGUGGGUUGUGGUCCAGGGAGCAGCCCUGCUGGCCAGAGGCUUGUCCUAGUCACUGGAGCUUGUGCCAUGGGCAGUCUCUCUCUCUCUCUCUCUCUCACACACACACACACACACACACACAACUGUGUCUAAUCUUUGCAGC